AUGCCAGACGUCGAGUCCAGCGCCACAACUGUCCAGAGCUGGCUUCGUUCACAAGGCAUCAGAUCGACAUAUUCAGAGGCUGGAGGCUGGGUGACAUUCGACACGUCAAUAGCAGACGCAGAAGUUCUAUUCGAUGCGGAGUACGCGUUUUAUAGCCACAACGGCUCAGCACCUGUACUGCGGACCUUGUCCUACAGCAUCCCCGAAUGCAUAGCCGGAGACGUCGACUUUGUCUGGCCAACAACACAAUUCCUGGUGUCCAGCCUUGCGGCCAAGAAGGAGCAGCGAGGCCUGAACUCUCGGCGGGUUGGCCCUCGAGACAUCGUGGACUGCUCCUCGAACACUUGCCCCUCAUACCUGCAGAAGCGAUACAAUGUCACAUACUCUCCCCCGGAUAAGACAUCCGGGAGCAAACUCGCCCUUGCCGGCUUUCUUGGCGACCAUCCCGAUACCCAAGACCUCAAGUCAUUCCUCAAAUCCUACGGCCUCCGCAACGACUCGGACUACCAGAGCUACAACUUCGCAGUCGAAGCAGUCAGCGGUGGGAGCAUCGAUGACACUCCGUCCUCAGCUUCGGUUGAGGCGAUGCUUGACACGGAGUAUUCUUCCACCUUCAUCAACCCCUUGGACACCAUCUAUUUCGCUACAGGCGGUCGCCCACCGACCUGGUCCCAGCCCGGAAACGUCACCGUCCCCGAUUCUCAAUCCGAGAACGAGCCGUACCUAGACCUCAUCAACCACCUCCUCCAGCUCGACGACCCACCACAAGUCCUCUCCAUGUCCUACGCAGACGACGAGCAGUCCGUUCCCCCAAGCUACGCAGAGCGGGUCUGCAACGGCUUCGGCGCCCUCGCUGCCCGGGGCAUCACAGUCAUCGCCUCGAGCGGCGACGGCGGCGGGGCGGGGACGUCAUUCGGGACCUGCGUCGGCCCCAGCGGCGAAGAGCGCUUCAUCCCGACCUUCCCCGCCUCCUGCCCAUGGGUCACGUCCGUCGGCGCCCUCGCGGCGUGGGGCGGCUCCGCGACGUACUCGAGCGGGGGCUUCUCGAACUACUUCGCCGCGCCGGCGUGGCAGGCCGACAGCACGGCUGCCUACGUGGAGGGCGUGCUCGCCAACAGCAGCAAGAUCCCGGCGGGGUUCUAUAAUGCCUCCGGGAGGGGGAUCCCCGACGUCGCGCUGCUUGGGGACCGGUACCCUGUCAUCACCAACGGGGAGACGAGCUUGCAGAAGGGGACGUCGGCCUCGGCGCCGUUCUUUGCGGCUUUGAUUGUGUUGAUUAAUGAUAUUCGCCUUCGGCAGGGGAAGUCUGUUGUGGGGUUCAUCAACCAGCUGCUUUAUUCUGAACAGGGUCGUGCCUCGAUCCGGGAUGUUGCGGAUGACACAAGUUCCAUCGAGGGGUGUGAGCAGGGGGAAGUGUUUGUCAAUGGCUACCAGGCUGCUCCGGGGUGGGAUCCUGCUUCGGGGCUGGGCGAGCCUGGAUUUGAAAGCUUGAGAGCGCUCUUCGUGUAG